UUGUGUUCAUUUAGUCGAGUUUAAGAUAAAUACGAAUUUGUUAGCUCAGUUUUAAAUAUAUAAUUUAUUUUAACGCGGUAUACCGAUUUAUAGUGAAUUAUUGAAAAAAGUUUACCAUUGUUAUUAUUAUUAAGUUAUGUGAUAUACGUGACCAUUAAUCAACCAGACGAUUAAGAGCUGAGAUGAAAUUACACUGACUUUGCUCAUAGAUGGCUGGCAGGAUGAAAAUCGCAUGUAAGCUGAUAAACGAACUCACCACAAAAUGAUCCUCGUCCGACGAGUACCCGAAGACCCGCGAUAACGUAUUAUACUUGGAGUACAAUGUCUGAGAACCGUGAGUACUACGAAGAAGAAAUUGAACGAGAGCGACGAAACCGACAUUCAACUGCGUCCAAAGAAUAUUGUUGCGCUCUAAAGAAUUACAAUAAUCAACAAAAACAAUUGAAACAAGUGGCGGAAGUAGUGAAAAAAAUAGCCACCGGUCCGGAAUGGUAUCAAGAGUUGUCACCCCAGCAGAACUCUAUUCUGUGUAACUUGAAAGAGAACUUGCAGUUGGACUACGAAGAAGGCAAGUCCGGACGAACGAGAAAGUCUCUCAAGGCACUUGGGAUCAGCACGUUCAUUCCGCAAGUUGUGAUCGCUGAGGCUCUCGUUGCCAGUAAACUUUACCCAAUCGACUUCCUGUUUGAAAUUAAAAAAUACCUGGAUCAAAAGACAAGCACACUGAACGCUGAUCCAUCGAACACUCGACAACGCCGACUUUAUACGCCCCAAGAACGCAUUUUGAUGUCCAGUAUAGUGUUUUUGGCGUUCCCGUGUCUCAUCAAUAAGCUCGAGUACUGUCUCGAUGAACCCGUAGCCGAUAAAGAAUUGUCUUAUAUCUCUCUGCCGAAACAGAAAAAAUGGAAGGCUAACCCUUUGUCUCCGUAUUUGGACGUUAAUCCGGAACCCACGGCGCCAACGACUGAAAUCGAUAAAAUCAAGUGGCACAAUGCUAAAUUCAAAAGUCAAAAGACCCGUAAGGCAUACAUGACUAAGAAGAAAGAGCAAAUUCAGCAGAUAAAGAUCGACGUCGAGAGGAAGACCACCCUCAAAAUGCGUAUCAAGUACCCUGAACAUCCUUUGGAGAAAAUGUUUUACAAGCCACCUGUGGUAAUGGACUUCAGAGAGCCGUCAGUCAUAGACCACGAUGGAUUAAAGAAGACAAAGGACAUCGAGUGGCUGGCUGACCAAGAAAAACCGACAGUGGACGCCGCCGACGACAGCCGACGAUUGGCCGCCCAGCAAGACGCCACCGAAAUCAGCGAGACACAAUCGCCUCAUCAAUCGCUCAUAGAAGACGAAAACGAGACGCCGGACGACUAUGGUUGGCUCAACCGCGAGAUGGCGGCUCAUUACUCCAUGGACGACCUGAGCGAGACGUCGGAAAACAUACCGUUGAGCUUUGAGGACGCCACGGCAAUUACGGCCAACGUUCUACCAUCCGAGGCCAGCGCAACCGUCAAUGUAGUUGUGGCACCGGCGGGAACACCAGAAACCGUGUGCCAACCGCCGCACGUUGUCACCACCGCCGGCAUUUUGUCGGCCGACGAAAAAAACAAUCAUAAAGCAGUUAAUCUGUCCGAUCAAAACCCUGUACUGUCCGGCAACCAGGACAGCCGCCUGUCGCAAGCCGAAGCCAUGUUGCUGCGAAUAUUCCAAGAAAAAAGUGGCGACUGCAAAAAUGUCCAACAGUUCCAGAAGCUGCAAUCAAACGAAAAGGAUACCGUGUUGACCAGCCAACUAGCCACAGCUUCGCGAACUGACAAAGAAUCCGAAUUUCGGGAUAGAAUAGAAAGAGAUAAGCUCAACGUGCUGGAACUCAAGCCGUCAUUAGCUGAAAUAACUAAAGCGUCUACUUUUCACAAAGAAAAUAAUGAAAACAAUAUUGAAGAUGGGGUAAAUGAAGAAGUAAAAAUCGAUAAAGUGCUUCAAAUGUUACGCAACUUACCAGCAUGGAAACAACUAAAAGCUGUGCUACGGUUUUUGGCAAUUCUCGGUGAUCCAAUAGCUAGUUUCCCAGAACUAACUGAAUUGCGUGCCCUAAAGAGGUGGUACGAGAUCCGGAUCAACAAAGACAGAUAUCUUACACGAAAAAAAAAACUGGAUCUCAUGCUAAAGUCUAUAGAAGCUUGGAACAAACCCAGACCGAAAGCUACUAACGUUCCAAUUCCUUCAAUGCCUUAUCCGAUUAAAAAUUCUUCACAUAAUGAAAAAGUCACAUGGAAUCAAGUGGAGGACGCGAAACACAAAAUAGAAGUUGCAAAAAAAGAAUACAUCACCAAAGUGAAAGAGCUGGCGAUCGACAACGCUAGGGAACUAUAUCCGACCAUGGAGUGCAUUUACUUCAAAAGCAAGGUGAACAGAAAUUUCAAACAAACUUUCUACAAUUACUACCCGGCCAAAGAAGACGAUUGCUUAGACAACGUGUUGGGUACAAUACAUGAGAUAAGGAAGCCAACGGCCGAUACUUAAGCUACGUUUAUCGUUUUGGGCAUAAUUCGACACACUAAACAGGCUUGACAUUCAGCGUAAUUAUUAGCAAAAUAUCGAGAUAAAAAUUAUAAUAAUAAAGAAACGUACGUCUUUAUACUGUAAAAUGAUCCUCAACCGAUUUUGAGAAUUAAAUUAAAAUAAAUUGUUACGUUAUAUUUGUG